AUGGGUAAAAAAGACAAUAUAUUACCGUCACCUGUAAACGGUUUGGAAUUUGAUUUUGAAGGUCCUUCUGCUGAUUAUCUGAUUGAUACAUCACACAUUUAUAACCGAACCAUAUAUCAAGAUGUACAUGCCAAAAAGGAAGAAUGGACCGUGAUUGAUAAAAGUGAAGCAAAAGAUUAUUUUCCAAUAAGAGAACAGGAUAUUCAAUUAACAAUAGGCAUACAAGAGAAAAAGACAACUGUUGAUCUACCUACAUUUGGAUCGAUUAAACUUGAUGAUCAUUUUGAAUAUAAAAGAGGAUUUGUACUUAAUACAGGUGGAAGUAUAUGGGGCUUAGGAUUUGUACCUAAAUCACCUCCUUCUCCUCAAGAAGACACAAAGGUACAGUAUUUGGCAGUUGGAGGAUACAAAGGAAAUUCAGAAGAACACAUAGAGAUGAAUCAGAGACAGCCUACGGGAGCAUAUAAAAACUGCAUUCAAAUUUGGAGAAUGAUAUUAAGUGUGGAAGUACCUUAUGAAGAACCCGUUUUAGAUUUAUGUUUACUGCAUGAUUAUGGGGUUAUUUUUGAUCUAAGAUGGUGUCCAUAUGGUGUCUAUGAAGAUAAUGUAAGUAUAAACAAAGAAUAA